AACUAAAAACACCGUGAACUGGGUCAAAGUCUACAUGACUGCUUGCAUGUGUCACAGCGGUUGUUUGUUUACAGGAAAUUCGGUCACCGAGAUGCAAAUAGAGUCUUCGAGUUUGCACUCUUUGUUCAUAGGCAGUCCGUUGCUUUCCAAUAACGUCAGGGUCAAAGUCUGACUUCACCAACCCUACGGGCUCGAUCGGAAAGAUUUAUCAAUGUUUGUUUUGAUUUCCAGUCGAGUGAUUUACGCUCAGAAACACUUUGGAGGGACUUAUUUCCACUGAAUUAUACACUGUUUUUUCUCAGAGAUGAAGUUAUCACGCAAAUUUAUGUCCCAUAUAAUAUCUGGACUGCGGUGGGCAUCUUUUGAAAAGUAUGCCACUUUCAACCCAUCACCACUUUCAUUGAAACAACUAUUGGAGUUCGGUAGCAAGACAGGAAGUCAGGAGCUCUCCUUCAACUUCCUGCGCAAUGAGCUUCCCGUGAGGAUGGCUAAUAUCAUGAAGGAGAUCAACCAUCUACCUGACAACCUCCUGCAGAUGCCCUCAGUCUCUCUCGUCAUGAGUUGGUAUGAACAGAGUUUUAAGGAGCUACUUCACUUUGAAGAAAACAACACGAGUGACAAGUCACUUACUGACUUCACAGACACACUGACACAUAUACGGAAUCGUCAUGCCAACGUGGUGGAAACUAUGGCUCAGGGUAUCAUAGAGCUGAAGGAUACGUAUGGAGUAGACAGCAACACCAACAACCGCAUCCAAUAUUUCCUGGACCGAUUCUACAUGAGCAGGAUCAGCAUCAGGAUGCUCAUCAAUCAGCACACUCUGUUAUUUGGCUCUCAACUUGCCAACCCACGACAUAUAGGCUGCAUCGACCCCAGUUGCAAUGUGUUGGAUGUUGUGCAGGAUGCGUAUGAGAAUGCUCGAUUUCUCUGUGACCAGUACUACCUCAUCUCACCGGAAGUGGAAAUUAUAACGAAAAAUCCCCUGGAGAAGGAGUCAACAAUCAAUAUGGUUUAUGUACCCUCUCACCUCUAUCACAUGCUGUUUGAACUGUUUAAGAAUGCCAUGAGAGCUGUGGUGGAACACAGCCCCUCGGACGGCGAAGUACCCAAACUGAGUGUGAUGAUAUCCAAGGGAAGUGAAGAUCUGACAAUCAGACUGUCGGAUGUGGGUGGGGGUGUGCCCAGAUCCAAGGUUGACCAGCUGUUCCAGUACAUGUACUCCACAGCCCCCCAGCCUGACCGCUCGGGGGAUGGGUCAGCACCACUGGCUGGCUAUGGGUAUGGCCUACCUCUGUCCAGGCUCUAUGCGCGAUACUUCCAGGGGGACCUGGUACUCAAUUCCGUGGAGGGAUACGGGACUGAUGCUGUCAUAUAUCUUAAAGUGUUAUCAGAUGAAGCCAACGAACACCUCCCUGUUUACAACAAGACAGCUUCUAAAGUGUACGAGACUGAUAUUCCCAUCCAUGACUGGAGCUCACCCUGGUCACCGGGUGGGGGGUCCGCCUCAAGAACAUACACCACAUGGGCUCGCAGCCUCUCCUGAUCUCAGGGUUGGAGACACUGGUGGAAGAACCCAGUUGUCGGCAGGAACGAUCUCUUGGUUGUGACUCGGUCACGUGUUUGAUAUGAUGCUUCUUUCACAGGUGUUCUGUCUUUGUGGCUAGGUAGUAGCUUGUGAUGCUAGGAUGUAACAACAUUAUUAUUCCAUUUCUGGCGUUUAUAGGUGUACAGUCCCUGUAUUGAUGUGCACUGAACACUGUUGAAUAGGGUAUGUUUUGUGUUUCAGAAGAAGAAUUUGACAGGUGUUUUAUUCAGAUGGGUGGGGAAGUUGCCCAUCUGUUUAUAGAGAUCCUCAUUUAUAUUUUGAGAAUUGAAUUUUUAAUGAAAUGGAGUGUCCUCAUGAACAGUAGCUGUGAAUCAGAGGUUCCUCUUCUCGUUGUUCUGUGUGUCCAAUAUGAGUAUGGACAAGGUUGAAGAAUAUGACUAAUAAAAUCAUCAUUCAUAUAGAACAUUCUGUAUCUAAUGAUGGUUCACUUGUACCAGGUUUGUCCUGCGUUGAUACAAGUUGAUAACAGUUCAACUCAGCCAUGCAUUGUACACGUUACACCUGGAAUUGACGCUGAGCUUGAUCAGGUUGCAUGUGACCUUGCUGAACGCCUCCAUAUUUCUGUGAUAUUCUGUCCCCGAGCUUUAUGCAGUCUUCUGUUGUGAUUCAGGUUUUCUGUUUUCCUGACAUCAAUUCUUUGCAGAAUGGUCCUUCCUUAAUAACCAUGUUCAGGCUUGCAGACAAUACUGUGCCAUCACAUACACAAUGCUGAAGAUGUUGCAUACGCAGCAGGAAGAACAAUUACAGAACAACCACAUCUUGAGAGGGAAGUUAUUAGCUUCUCGAAACAAAUGGCACGUUCCUGCCUCUGUGAAGAGUGAUGAAAUAAGUUACUCAUAACACAUGAGGUCUUGUUCUGUCAACUUCAAAAUUCCAAUGAAAGAAUUUAAAUGUUGAAACUUCCUGCUUGCUGUAUAUAUACCACUGUUUAAUCCAAAAGUGCAAUAUCAUUGGCAUAUAUCUUAUUGGGCAUAAUACACGCUGCUGUAGUAUUCAUGUUUGUCCUCUUUUUAACCUUAGAACAUCAUCUCCGUAGGAUAACAGAGAAGGUGGUCUCGUGGAUGUAUUGUUCACUUGUCACCUUCACCAGGUUCAGUUCCCUGUUUGGUGGGCAGUCAGUGAAGCCUGGUUUGGGCUUGCAACUGUUUUUAAAUGAGAGCUAUGCCACUGCAUGUAUCAUUGUUUUAAAAACAUGACCUGGAAACUAUGUUUAGUUGUUUAAAAAACAAUACUAUUUUUAAACAAUGUUUUAGAAAAAACUUGACUUUUUAUUUGACUAUUUGAUUUAACGGAACACAUUUAGAAUCAUUGUAACUGUCUACAGUACUAUACUUGUGACAGUCUCCUAUAUUUUAACAUGGACAUGUGUCAUGUAUUUUAACUAAGACUUGAGACAGUCUCCCAUACUUUAAGACAGACUUACGUCUGUCUCUUGUAUUGUAACAUAAAGUUGUGACAGCCUCCAUCCUAUGCUGUAACGGUGUGACAGUUGGACACGGAUUGCUUUGUGACAGGGGUUUUGAAAACCGGUAUGCUUCAUUUUCAACAACUAUUUUAUAUGUAUUCAAAGUCACAUCUCUACACAAUGAUUGAAGUCAUUUGUGCCAUUGUUCAUUUGUAUGGUUACCAUGGUUACAUUAGUGUUUGUGAGAAUGUCAUCAUCCAACAUGAUUCACGUGUGAUGUACAUCAUAUGUCAUUCCUAUGAUAAGAUGUGUAACAGUUGUGGAUUCAAUCCAACAGUACCUUUCUACUGAUACUAUGGCAGCCGUCUAGUCCCUCAGCUGGGUCUGUUCUUGUUCACUUUUACUUAGUUUUAUGUCAUAACCAACUGGCUUUGUCUUGGUGUUAAAGUUGAUGUGAGAAGGCCAUUUGAAAUGAGUGUGAUGUUUUAUUAGUAUAAUAUGAUCACACAUGGAUAUUUUCAAUGAGAAUAAAUAUUUUAGUGGA